AUGAAAAGCAUACAGUGGCUCUACCUAUAUGGACUACUAAUCGUGGCGUUGAUCCCAGCCAGCUGGCAGAUUGUCCUCAACGAUUUGUCCGAUGAGUCUAGAUGGCAAUCUUUUGAAUCAAAAAGCGCUCGGAGUUUUACUUCCAACAUCAAGCGGCAUUCUGAAGGCACCUUCACCAGCGAUUUUACCAGAUAUUUGGACAAGAUGAAGGCCAAGGACUUUGUGCACUGGCUUAUCAACACAAAACGUUACAGGUAG